AGGAGGAGGAGGAGGAGGACGAGGGUGGUCACUUUUCCGAGACGGGCUCUUCCAAAGGAAGGCAAGGUGAAUCUGUUCCAGCACACGAUGUCAUCGAUCUCGGCGCAGGGCGUGGUCGAGCGUGCCUCCGCCGAACUCUCGAAGCGGAUCAACGGACUGGGGCUGCGGUCCAAGCACCACCACAGCUCCACCGCCGCCGCGGGCAGUGGUGGCGACUCCUCCGCCCCCGGUUCGGGUGCCACGCCCCCGCCGGCAGCUUCCAGCGGCAAGACAUCGGUGAUGGAGCGCGUGACGAACGCUUUAUGUGGCGGCGGCAACUCUAACUCGAACUCGAACUCGGGUUCCGGAUCGAACAGCUCCAAUAGCAACUCCUCUGCACCAGCGGCCGCUGCUCCUUCGCCCGCCAGCAACGCCAAUCCUCCCCAGACGCCGGACAAGCCUUCCCGCGGCAGUAGCCCCGGUCCCGGGGGCAUCGCCAUGCCCGGCGGACAGUCGCAGGUCCAGAACUCCACACACCACCUCCUGCAGCAACAGCAACAACAGCAGCAACAACAGCAACAACAGCAGCAGCAACAGCAGCAACACCUGCAACUGCAGCAGUCGCAGCAGCAACACCUGCAGCUGCAGGCAUCCACGCUUAUCAACUCGAACCACCAUGUGAUGGUGGGUCCUGCCCCGCCCAGUGGCAUGCCGCUGGGCGCCCCGCCCACGCCCACAGUGAAGUCCAUUGCCAAGCAGAUGAACAUAACCAUACCGGGUGGCGGAGUCAACCCGGGAUCGCCCACGUUUAGCACCAUGGGCAUGGUGGCCGCCCAGAAGGUGGCAGCGAGCAGCGGGGGCACUCCGCUGCAGCUGAGGAAGCAGCUGCCCAAUCCGCACCUGCACCAUCCGUACGGCGGCAUGGGAGGCGGGAUCACCGCCUCGCCGCUGAUCAUGCAACACCAGCUCCACCCGCCGCCCAUCCACAGCAUCGAGCAGCUGAUGCUGGACGACCGCUUUCUGAGUAGAUUCUUCCAGUACUUCUCGCCGUACGAGCGGCGGGUGCUCGCCCAGGUGUGCAUCAAGUGGCGGGACACACUGUACCGCAGUCCGCGCUACUGGAGCGGCCUGCUGCCCACGCUGCAGUGCCGCGAACUGCGCCAAAUGCCCGGCUGCGAUCGCGGCAAGCUCUACAACUCGCUCAUCCGACGGGGAUUCCAUGCCCUCGGCUUGGUGGGCGCCUCGGAUGAGGACGCCCUCGACGUGGUCCACUCCUUCCCGCUCGCCUCCAAGCACGUCCACUCGCUCAGCCUGCGCUGCUCCUCGAUCAGCGACCGGGGGCUGGAGACCCUGCUCGACCAUCUCCAGAGCUUGUUUGAACUGGAGCUGGCUGGCUGCAACGAGGUGACCGAGGCGGGACUGUGGGCGUGUCUGACGCCCCGAAUCGUGUCGCUCUCCUUGGCGGACUGCAUCAAUAUCGCCGACGAGGCGGUGGGCGCGGUGGCCCAAUUGUUGCCCUCCCUCUACGAGUUCUCGCUGCAGGCUUACCACGUCACGGAUGCGGCACUCGGCUACUUCUCGCCCAAACAGAGCCACAGCCUCAGCAUCCUGCGACUGCAGUCCUGCUGGGAACUGACCAACCACGGCAUCGUUAAUAUCGUGCACUCCCUGCCGCAUCUCACGGUGCUCAGCCUCUCCGGGUGCAGCAAACUGACGGACGACGGCGUGGAGCUGAUUGCCGAGAACCUGCAGAAGCUGCGAGCCCUGGACCUCUCCUGGUGUCCCCGCAUCACGGACGCCUCGCUCGAGUAUAUCGCCUGUGAUCUGAACCAGCUGGAGGAGCUCACGCUGGAUAGGUGUGUGCACAUAACGGACAUUGGCGUGGGCUACAUCUCCACGAUGCUGUCGCUGACCGCCCUCUUCCUGCGCUGGUGCUCCCAGGUGCGCGACUUCGGGCUGCAGCACCUCUGCUCGAUGCGCAACCUGCAGGUGCUCUCACUGGCCGGGUGCCCGCUGCUCACCUCCUCGGGGCUGUCCAGCCUGAUCCAGCUGAGGCACCUGCAGGAGCUGGAGCUGACCAACUGCCCGGGGGCGUCGCACGAACUGUUUGACUACCUGAAGGAACACCUGCCCCGCUGCCUGAUCAUCGAAUAAUCGAUGGACCGGAUGGACCGACCGGACCGACGAUCCCGAUGGAGCUCUCGGAGCAGUGAUUUUCGUUUUGGAUUCGAGUAUUCGAGUAUGCUAAUUUUGGUUAACUUAACCUCCAGUCGGCAAGUUCCUCGCGUGCUAUGUGACUUUAACUUUCCUUCAACACUGUACUCUAUCCCUUAUAGUUUUAGACUUUUUUUGAUUUCUGCUGUGAUUUGAUACGGAACUUAGUUAAGUUGAUCUGUUUAAGACGAUGAUGUACCACAAAAGACCCGAAGAUGAUAUUUAUUUACAUGCAAUACCAAUAUGUCUAAUAUACAAAUACAUAAUUAUAUAUAUUUAUAUUUAUAAAUAUACAUUAUUUAUAUUAUUGUAGUUUUUAACGAACGUUUUAUUUACUACUCUCGCUGUAACUAAACAUGCAGUCUACGUGUAAAUUACUGAGAAAAGGAAACAAACAAACAAACAACACAAAGAUUUAAAACAAAACAUUGCGCCCAAAAGACGAACAAACAACAAAUAGAAAUACAAAACACAAAAUACAAAGUGAAUCAAAAUAUGCAAUUAAAUUAAAUUAGUUCAAAGAAGCAAAACAAACAAAAGAAGAAAAUUCAAAAAUAUUUACGAGUGUUGCGGAAACGUGCAAAUGUUGCCGACAGCUUUUGAUUGAAUUUGCAAUUGAAAUUUACAAAUCCUAGACUUUUGCAGCCCCUGACCAGAGAAACCUUACUUCGAUUGUACCAUAUGACUAAUCUGUAAUUAACUUACGGCAACUGAAAGUAUUUUAAGCAAGGAUUCGGUGACAGAAAAUGCACGCUAGCAAUGAAGUCAAUAUUUAACACAAUGUUUAGUAAAUUGUUGUCAAGGUGCGAAUCAUGAAACAAUCGACUUCUGGCCGUCAAAGAUACUCUAUAUAUCUAGCUUACGUUAAAGCUGCUCUCCUCAUUAAGCAAAACCCUCACAUUCAAACCUAAUGUAAAUGCUUUGUUUUUAAUUCCAAUGUGAGAGAGUUUCAUCAUGAACAUUAAGCAAAUGAAGAUUGGAAACUGCAGUCUUAAACCAACAACAAACACAAUUCAACAAGUACAUGAUAAAAUAAAUAAAUGGUAAAAUGAA